CUUUUUUUAGAAUUUUUUCUUUUCUUUUAUUUCUUUUUUGUUUUAUUUUUAUAAAUCAAUUUCUCUCAUAUAAAAAUAGCAGCUUCUUUGAUUUGUUUUAGCUCCUCUCCUUGAGCUCUCUUCUUUGGGCUGCUGCACUUGGCUUUUUAUGCUGUUGAUUGUUGCAGGAGGGAAGCUCAUGAAGAGGCUAUUGUUUCAUCAGGUGGCACUGCUAUUGCUUCUUGCCCUAAGUGAUGGUGUUAAAGGCAUUGAAGGAGAGAGCGAUGUGCAAUGCAAAUACGGUAAAGAUUUGACUUUGCUCCCGAGGCCUCACAGUGUCUCCAUCUUGGAAUUUGGGGCUGAAGGAGAUGGGAAGACACUGAAUACACUUGCAUUCCAGAAUGCCAUCUUCUAUCUUCGGUCGUUUGCCGACAAGGGCGGGGCUCAGCUCUAUGUUCCAGCAGGCAGCUGGCUCACUGGAAGCUUUAAUCUCAUCAGUCAUCUUACCCUCUUCUUGGAAAAAGAUGCUGUCAUCCUUGGAACUCAGGACUUAUCUCUGUGGCCAGUCGUUGAACCCUUACCUUCAUAUGGUAGAGGGAUUGAACUUCCAGGUGAACGGUAUCGAAGCUUGAUAAAUGGACACCAGUUAAAGGAUGUGGUUAUAACAGGUAAUAAUGGAACCAUCGAUGGUCAGGGUGCCGUUUGGUGGGAGUGGUCCAGUUCUCAUUCAUUGAACUAUAGUCGCCCUCACCUUGUGGAGCUUGAGAACUCCACCGAUAUUGUCAUUUCAAAUCUGACUCUCUUGAAUUCUCCUGCAUGGAACAUUCAUCCAGUCUAUUGCAGCAAUGUACAGGUUCAGAAUGUAACGAUCCAUGCUCCUUCGGAUUCUCCUUAUACGAACGGCGUAGUCCCAGAUUCGUCUUCUGAUGUAUGCAUCAAGGACUCCUACAUUAGUGUUGGACAUGAUGCCAUCUCACUUAAGAGCGGAUGGGAUGAGUACGGCAUUGCUUUCGCGAAGCCCACUUUGAACGUCCACAUCGUUAAUGUCUAUCUACAUACCACUUUCGGCUCUGCGCUUGCCUUUGGCAGUGAGAUGUCCGGCGGCAUUUCGGACAUACAUGCCGAACACCUCCAUAUCCGAGAUUCUUUCACUGGCAUCAAAGUAAAGACCACCCAAGGCAGAGGCGGUUAUAUUAAAGAUAUUGCCAUAACAAACGUUGAAAUGGAAGAUGUUCACAUGGCACUUGCACUCACAGGCCAUUGCGGUGGCCACCCUGACGACCAUUUUGAUCCCGGCGCUUAUCCGAACAUCACAAGCAUCACUGUGAAGAAUGUGAUUGGUACAAAUAUUUCCAUUGCCGGAAACCUCACAGGAAUCCAUCAAGCUCCGUUCACCGCCAUCUGCCUCUCAAAUAUUUCCUUAUCCAUCAAAUCCGAGUCGUCCGCAUCUUGGGUAUGUUCCGACGUGUCGGGAUUCUCGCAGUCAGUGUCCCCAGAGCCAUGUUCCAAUCUCCAAACUCCAGAUUCUUCAUCCAUUUGUUUUUCUCUCCUAUAUCCAAAUGGCCAUGCAGAAGCCUUAUGAAAUCUUCCAUACUGCUAUUCAUUUCAUCCCUUUGUGUACAAUUGAGAGACUAGGAGUCUUCCAACUCCAUCUUGAAACCAUCAGUUGAGAUCCGCACCGUCCGAUUCUUUUCGAAUAAAAAUCCGAAACACCAUUUCCAAUUCAUAUCCCGCUUCUUCCGUCGGAACGGUUUACGUCCGAAAAUGACAUUGUGCUUACAUGUACAGCUCCAUUUCUUUCAUUCAUGUGUAAGGAAAAAUUUUGGUAGUGUUUGGGACACUCAGGUGAUUGAUUUUGCACUUCUUUUCAUCAAUUAUUAUCAAUGUACAUUGUCCGGCGUGGUUGCCUGUGGCGGAAUAUUAGGUGGAGAUGUGGAUUAUGUAUGCGUCGUAGAGACAUGGGAUUGAAAUAAAAGUGUGGUUCUUAAAUUAUUAGAGAUAACCUUGUUUUUGCUGUUUU